AUGCCUUCUGCGACGAAGAUGGCAGAGAUGAAGGCGGCGAUCUGCAUCGCCGCAGUAGCAGCACUGAUCCACGUCGUCACCGCCGCUGAUUACUUCGUCGGCGACCCAACCGGCGGCUGGCAGGGGAGGACGGACUACAAGUCCUGGGCUGCGGCCCAGAGCUUUGCUCCCGGAGAUACCCUAACGUUCAAGUACAGCGCGUACCACAACGUCGUCGAGGUGACCGCCGACGACUACGAGGCGUGCUCCACGGCCAACCCCGUCUCCUUCGACAACAGCGGCCUCACCACCGUCGCGCUCACCGCGCCGGGGAAGCGCUACUUCAUCUGCGGCGGGCCAGGCCACUGCCAGAACGGGAUGAAGGUGGAGGUGGACGUCGCCGACCGCCCCGCACCCGCGGCACCCAGCUCCCCGCCGCAGCUGCCACCCUCGCCAUUGCCACCAGCUCCGGCGCCCGCCGCUGAACCGCCAAGACAUGCGGGGCACAAGAGGCACAAGAAGUGGUGCUCCCCGCCUAAGCCUGCGCCGGCAUUGGCUCCCGUGGUGCAGUCGUCGGAGUCGUAUCUGCCGCUCGCGGCCGUUGCGCCGAUGUCGUCGCCUACUCCGCCGGCGCCCAUGUCGUCGGAUGCUGUAGCCGUGUGGCAUUCAAAGUGGGGCGGCGCCACGCUGGGGCUUCUCGCUCUUUGGUUUGCGGUGCUGCCGCUGUGA